AGUUAGUGGGGGUAUUUGGGAGAGUUGGGAUCUGAGGGGCCCUGUCCGCUUAAUGUUCUGUCUCUUCCUCGUAGAGUUUGCGGCUGCCCCCGGUGCUCGGGAUGGAGGCAGUGGUGGCUGAGCUGUGUGGGACGUCCCCGGCAGACCCUCUACCCGUGUGGGUGAACGGCCAUGUUGGUGUCUGCUUUAACCAGCUAAUCCUGAGCACCCUCCCGCACGCGCUCCUGGCCGUGAGCAGCGGCUGCCACGCCAGGGCCCACAGGCUUUGUUGGUCCGGUCCCCCCAGCUCGGCCUGGAUGUGCCGGAUGGUUGUCUCCUUCUUGCUGGCCGUUUCUUCGUUGAGUGACCUUCUGAUGGGAGCCAUAUUUCCACAUCAGGUUCCUUCUAGCAUGGAGGUCCUUUCAGGAGGUGUAUCCUGCCUGUCCUGGAUCUCUCAUCUCCUGGCGCUGUUCUCACUCCGGCGGACGCGGUGCAGCCGUUCUCGCGGCCCUCUGAGCCUGCUGCUUCCGGUUGUUCUCCUGGUCCCAGCGCUGGUGAUCACAGACAUGACGCUCUGUCAGGAAGGAGCUGUCUCCGCUCCCCUGAAUCCUGUUCUCCUUUCCCGCUUCUCCCUUUCAUGUCUCCGACUUUGCUUUAUCAUUAUAUAUGUAGGGGCCUUCCUGGCUCCCCCCCAGCACACCAGGGGUCCCAUCCCAAUCUCUAUCAAUGAUGAUGAUGACCGGUCCCCGCUGCUCUCGUCACCUCACAGUCCCGGUAGGCAGGUACCUGCCGAGGAUGGGGAAAGCUGGUUGUCUCGCUUCUUCUACCACUGGAUGAACCCUCUUAUGCAGCAUGGGGCAAAGGGAGGCUUAAAAGGCCCCCAGGAUUUGUAUUUGCUCCCCCAGCGCCUCCACACGGCCAGAGUCCGCCAGGAAUUCCAGGCUCAGGCCGGCUCUGGAGCAUCCAAUCUUUUGUCACGUUUACAUGGCUGCUUUGGGGCACGAUAUUACUCGCUGGGGCUACUGAAACUCGGGGGAAGUGUUCUGGGGUUCUUGGGCCCUCUGCUACUGAACCUGCUGGUGAAUUUCAUGGAGACGGGCCUGGAGCCUCUGAGCUGGGGCGUACUGUAUGCGCUGGGUCUGUUUGCUAGCGGCUUUCUCUCUGCAUUGCUGCAGAACCAAUUCACGCACGAGGUGAACAAGCUGAUGCUGGCGGUGAGGGCGGCCGUGCUGACCAGCGUGUACCGUAAGGCUGUCCGUGGCGAGGGAACGUGUCUGGCGGGGUUCUCGCCCGGGGAAGUAGUGAACUUCAUGAGCACCGACGCGGACCGGAUUUCCAACUUUUGUCGAAGCUUCCACGAGCUGUGGAGCCUUCCGCUUCAGUUCUCUGUCACGCUCUACCUCCUGUACCAGCAGGUGGGCAUCGCCUUUCUGGGGGGUCUGGGACUUGCCCUGCUGCUGGUGCCACUGAACAAAGUCAUCGCUAGUCGUAUUAUGGAGAACAACAAGGAUAUGCUGAGGCAUAAGGAUGCUCGCGUCAAGCUGAUGGCGGAACUCCUUUCCGGGAUGCGAGUGGUAAAGUUUUACACGUGGGAAGCGCACUUCAGUCGCAGGGUGAACUCGUUGAGGGAACAGGAGCUGCGCAGUCUCCGGGCCAUCAAGCUCCUGGACGCCGUGUGUGUUUAUCUGUGGGCCGCUCUCCCCGUCCUCGUCUCCAUCCUCACCUUUAUCACCUAUGUGAUGCUGGGACACCAGCUCACUGCUGCCAAGGUUUUCACUGCCUUGGCUCUGGUUGGGAUGCUGAUUCUUCCGCUCAACAACUUCCCCUGGGUGCUGAAUGGGGUCCUGGAGGCCAAAGUUUCCUUGGAUCGGAUCCAGCGCUUUCUGGAGCUGCCGGAGCAAAACCUUCUGAAGUAUUAUAGCCAAGAGCCUCCAGCGGAGCCGUCCUCUGUCUUGGAGCUCCGUGAUGCCUCCUUCUCCUGGGGGAGCGUACCUGAGGGAUCUGCCUCGCUCCAGCUUCUCAUCCAGCACCUGUCUGUCCUCAAGGGGUCUCUCGUCGCCGUCGUUGGUAAAGUUGGCUGUGGGAAGAGCUCUCUGUUGGCAGCCGUCACGGGAGAGCUCAGCAGGACGGGUGGCCGGUUGUUCGUCUCUGGUCAGGAGCGGGGCUUUGGCUAUACAGCUCAGGAGCCCUGGAUCCAGUUUGCCACCAUCAGGGAGAACAUACUGUUUGGGAAGGAGUUUAAUGGACGCCUGUACCAGGAUGUGCUGGAGGCCUGUGCCCUCACCGAUGACCUGAGUAUCCUGCCAGCUGGAGACCAGACGGAGGUUGGGGAGAACGGUGUCACCCUCAGCGGUGGGCAGAAGGCCCGCGUGGCGCUAGCCAGAGCCGUGUACCAGGAGAAGGAUCUUUAUAUUCUCGAUGACCCCUUGGCUGCAGUGGAUGCCGAUGUGGCGUCUCACCUGAUGGAGAGAUGCAUUCUGGGAAUCCUUGGUAACAGGACCAGGAUCCUGUGCAGCCACCGGACCGAGCUGCUCUCUAAGGCCGAUGUAGUCGUCCUCAUGCAGGACGGGAAAAUCGUCUGCUCAGGUCCCCCCGAUCAGGUUCUUCCUCUGGUGGAAACCUCGUCGAAGCUCAGAAACGCCCAGGGGAGAAAGCUGGAGAAAGUAGCGAACACUCAGGACAUGGAGGAAGAAGAGGGGGAACAGGAGGAGAAGACCCCCUUAAAUACCCCAUCGCUGGGGGAGGAGGAGAAGAAGGAGGGGGCAGUGGCUUUUCAUAUCUAUAGGGCGUAUUGGAGGGCCGCAGGUGGCUGCUUGGCUGGAUCUGUGCUCCUGUCCCUGCUCCUCAUGCAGGCCUCCAGGAACCUGUCUGACUGGUGGCUCUCGCACUGGAUCUCCAGCCUGCCGGAUGUGCCGGGAAACUGCUCCCGGGGCGCGCCGUCUCCGGCCCUGCUGCUCUUCUCCCCGGGGAGACUUCUAUCCCCUGUGUCCUCGGUGACUUCUUCUCCCAAAGUGAACCUGUCGGCCGACGUCACCUUCUACCUGACGGUAUACGGGGGAAUCGCGGCCGCCAACUCCGUCUUCACCGCCCUGCGCGCCCUGCUCUUCGCCCUGGGAACUGUGCGAGCGGCAACCGCCAUCCACCACCACCUGCUGACGAGGGUCCUGAGGGCCACGGUGACGUUCUUUGACAGCACGCCCGCCGGACGGAUCAUUAACCGCUUCUCGUCGGACCUGUACUGCGUGGACGACUCGCUGCCCUUCAUCCUGAAUAUUUUCCUGGCGAAUGUCUUUGGCUUGCUGGGCAUGCUGGGAGUGAUUAGUUACGGGCUGCCCUGGAUCCUGCUGGUGCUCGUGCCGCUGGCGCUGCUUUACUUCUACAUCCAGCGCUUUUACCGGCACACGUCCCGAGAGCUCAAGAGACUGCACAGCGUCACCCUGUCUCCCAUCUACACUCACUUCUCCGAGACGCUGAGUGGGCUCGGCACGAUACGCGCUGCCCGCCAGUCGCACAGGUUCCAGCAGGAGUGCGAGUCGCGGGUGGAGCGGAACCAGCGCUGUCUGUUUGCCGGUAACGCGGCUGUGCAGUGGCUGGAUGUCCGCCUGCAGAUGAUCGGAGUCAUGGUGGUCACCGCCAUCGCUGUUAUCGCUAUCAUCCAGCAUGAGAGGAAAGCCGGGAAUCCAGGUCUGGUGGGACUGGCUUUGUCCUACGCGCUGUCCAUUACUGGUCUCCUCUCCGGCCUCAUCUCCAGCUUCACUCAGACCGAGGCCAUGAUGGUGAGCGUGGAGAGGGCAGAGGAAUAUUCGCACUCGCUGCCCUGUGAGCCGACGGACGGCUGCCUGCAGGUGGCACCUGAUUGGCCCAGUAAGGGCCACAUUGAGUUCAGAGCGGCGGUUUUGUGUUAUCGCCUGGGCCUUCCCAACGCGUUGGACGGCGUGAGCUUCGCCAUCUGCCCCGGAGAGAAGAUUGGCAUCGUGGGCAGGACCGGCUCUGGGAAGUCCUCCCUGUUCCUGGCGCUCUUUCGGAUGAUGGAGCUCGACGCCGGGCUCAUCCUCAUCGAUGGCGUGCCGGCUCGGGAUCUGGAUCUGGCGGUGCUGCGGUCCAGACUGGCUAUCAUUCCUCAGGACGCCUUCCUGUUCAGCGGGAGUGUGAGGGAGAACCUGGACCCCCUGUCUCAUCACACGGACGCCGAGCUGCACGAUGUUCUGGAGCAGUGUCACCUGCGCACCGCCGUCACACGGAUCGGUGGGCUCAGCGCCGAUGUCGGGGACCGAGGAAAGAACUUCUCUCUUGGUCAGCGGCAGCUCCUGUGUCUGGCCCGAGCGCUGCUUACCGAGGCCAAGAUUCUCUGUAUCGAUGAGGCCACGGCGAGCGUCGACCAUCAGACUGACCGACUGCUGCAACAGACGAUCCGGAGCCGGUUCAGAGAGCGCACCGUGCUGACCAUCGCUCACAGGCUGAAUACGAUCAUGGAUUCGGACCGCGUGCUGGUGAUGCAUGCUGGGAAGGUGGCUGAGCUGGACUCUCCCGCCGCGCUCCGCAGCCGCAAGGAAUCGCACUUUUACCGACUUUUAACAACGGACGCCUCUGAGUGGGAGGAGCUUGGCCAUCAGGAUAGCGCUUAGUGGGAGGAGCCUCGCAUUCCCCAGGCUCUUAUUAGCUGCUCGGCCUCGCCCCUUUGAAGUCACUGCCGUGGUUUACAGGCCCGCCGAACGUAUCGGGUGGACUUUAGUGGGUAGCGGGGGGGUGGGCCGGGGGUUAAUUAGCCAAACAGAGAUCUCCCACGGCGACCGCCAGAACAUGUUGUCAUGGGUGAUUAACGGGUGGAUAUUCUCUGGGCGUGGCGUCCGCCGUCGGCCCUCGUGUUCUCUGUUCCUGCCUGCGUGUAAAGAAUCUUUUAUUUUUAUUAAACGGCGAGCCUUUUAAUAAUAA